AUGAUGCAUCUCGCAUUGACGACGCUAACAUCGCGAAGGCAAAGAGCAUCAUAUUAUCAGCCGCCGAAAAAAUUUCCACCCGCAUUUGUACGAAGAUUUCUCAUCCGUUACCCAAGAGCCCAUCUAUGGGGAAUCACGGUAUUGGGUGCUGGCGCUUUCGUGCUUCCGGUCAUUUAUCAGUCGUAUUUCUACUGCGUCAUGACUCCGGAAGAGUGGUACGCGCACCGAACGGACCAUGAAGCGAAAGUACUGCUAAGGCAGAAAUACGGCCGGGAUCUAUGGUUCCCCUCAUUCCUGACGAAAUUCUUUGCGCCUUCCGUGAAGAAAGAAGACGACACCCUAUUGGAU